AUGAGCCGGCCCCCGGCGACGGGGAAGAUGCCCGGCGCCCCCGACGCCGUGCCGGGGGACGGGGCGGGCGCCAGCCGCCAGAGGAAGCUGGAGGCGCUGAUCCGAGACCCUCGCUCGCCCAUCAACGUGGAGAGCUUGCUGGAUGGUUUAAAUUCCUUGGUCCUUGAUUUGGAUUUUCCUGCUUUGAGGAAAAACAAGAAUAUAGAUAAUUUCUUAAAUAGAUAUGAGAAAAUUGUGAAAAAAAUCAGAGGUCUGCAGAUGAAGGCAGAAGACUAUGAUGUUGUAAAAGUUAUUGGGAGAGGUGCUUUUGGUGAAGUGCAGCUGGUUCGUCAUAAGGCGUCACAGAAGGUUUAUGCUAUGAAGCUUCUUAGUAAGUUUGAAAUGAUAAAAAGAUCAGAUUCUGCUUUUUUCUGGGAAGAGAGAGAUAUUAUGGCCUUUGCCAACAGUCCCUGGGUGGUUCAGCUCUUUUGUGCUUUUCAAGAUGAUAAGUAUCUGUACAUGGUAAUGGAGUACAUGCCUGGUGGAGAUCUUGUAAACCUUAUGAGUAACUAUGAUGUGCCUGAGAAGUGGGCCAAGUUUUAUACCGCUGAGGUGGUGCUCGCUCUGGACGCCAUUCACUCCAUGGGCCUCAUUCACAGAGACGUGAAGCCUGACAACAUGCUCUUGGAUAAACACGGACAUCUCAAGUUGGCAGAUUUUGGCACAUGUAUGAAGAUGGAUGAAACAGGCAUGGUGCAUUGUGAUACAGCAGUUGGAACACCUGAUUAUAUUUCACCUGAAGUUCUCAAAUCACAAGGGGGUGAUGGUUACUAUGGGCGAGAAUGUGAUUGGUGGUCUGUGGGUGUUUUCCUUUUUGAGAUGCUGGUGGGAGAUACUCCAUUUUAUGCAGAUUCACUUGUAGGAACAUAUAGCAAAAUUAUGGAUCAUAAAAACUCACUAUGUUUCCCUGAAGAUGCAGAAAUUUCGAAACAUGCGAAGAAUCUCAUCUGUGCCUUCUUAACAGAUAGGGAGGUACGACUUGGGAGAAAUGGGGUAGAAGAAAUCAAACAACAUUCUUUCUUUAAGAAUGAUCAGUGGAAUUGGGAUAACAUAAGAGAGACGGCAGCUCCUGUAGUACCUGAGCUCAGCAGUGACAUAGAUAGCAGCAAUUUUGAUGACAUCGAAGAUGAUAAAGGAGAUGUAGAAACCUUCCCAAUUCCUAAAGCUUUUGUGGGAAAUCAGCUGCCUUUUAUAGGAUUUACCUACUAUAGAGAAAAUUUGUUAUUAAGUGACUCUCCAUCUUGUAGAGAAAAUGAUUCAGUACAGUCAAGGAAAAAUGAAGAAAGCCAAGAGAUUCAGAAAAAACUAUACACAUUAGAAGAACACCUUAGCACUGAGAUACAAGCCAAAGAAGAACUAGAGCAAAAGUGCAAAUCUGCUAAUACUCGCCUUGAAAAAGUAGCAAAGGAGCUGGAAGAGGAGAUUACCUUAAGGAAAAAUGUGGAAUCAUCAUUAAGACAAUUAGAAAGAGAAAAGGCACUUCUUCAGCACAAAAAUGCAGAAUUUCAGCGGAAAGCUGAUCAUGAAGCAGACAAGAAACGAAAUUUGGAAAAUGAUGUUAACAGUUUAAAGGAUCAGCUUGAAGAUUUGAAAAAAAGGAAUCAGAGCUCUCAAAUAUCCACCGAGAAAGUAAAUCAACUCCAGAGACAACUGGAUGAAACCAAUGCUUUGCUGAGAACAGAAUCUGAUACUGCAGCCCGAUUAAGAAAAACCCAGGCAGAAAGUACAAAGCAGAUUCAGCAGCUGGAGUCUAACAAUAGAGAGCUUCAAGACAAAAACUGUCUGCUGGAGACUGCCAAGUUAAAACUGGAAAAGGAAUUUAUCAAUCUUCAGUCAGUUCUAGAAUCUGAACGGAGGGACCGAACUCACGGAUCAGAGAUAAUUAAUGACUUGCAAGGUAGAAUAUCUGGCCUAGAAGAAGAUUUAAAGAAUGGCAAAAUCUUAUUAGCAAAAGCAGAGAUGGAGAAGAGACAACUACAGGAGAGAUUUACUGAUUUGGAAAAGGAAAAGAACAACAUGGAAAUAGAUAUGACAUACCAGCUAAAAGUUAUACAGCAGAGCUUAGAGCAAGAAGAAACUGAGCAUAAGGCUACAAAAGCACGGCUGGCAGAUAAAAAUAAGAUUUAUGAAUCCAUUGAAGAAGCAAAAUCAGAAGCUAUGAAAGAAAUGGAGAAAAAGCUCUCAGAGGAAAGGGCGUUAAAGCAGAAGGUGGAAAACCUGUUGCUGGAAGCUGAGAAGAGAUGCUCUAUAUUAGACUGUGACCUCAAACAGUCCCAGCAGAAGAUAAAUGAACUCCUUAAGCAGAAAGAUGUGCUAAAUGAGGAUAUUAGAAACUUGACAUUAAAAAUAGAGCAAGAAACUCAGAAGCGCUGCCUUACACAAAAUGACUUGAAGAUGCAAACACAGCAAGUUAACACACUAAAAAUGUCAGAAAAGCAGUUAAAACAAGAGAAUAAUCAUCUCAUGGAAAUGAAAAUGAGCUUGGAAAAGCAGAAUGCUGAACUUCGAAAAGAACGUCAAGAUGCAGAUGGGCAAAUGAAAGAACUGCAAGAUCAGCUUGAAGCGGAGCAGUACUUCUCAACCCUCUAUAAAACACAAGUGAGAGAACUUAAAGAAGAAUGUGAAGAAAAGACCAAAUUAUGUAAAGAAUUACAGCAGAAGAAACAGGAAUUCGAGGACGAAAGGGACUCCUUGGCUGCUCAGCUGGAGAUCACCUUGACCAAAGCAGACUCCGAGCAGCUGGCUCGUUCAAUUGCUGAGGAGCAAUAUUCGGAUUUGGAAAAAGAGAAAAUCAUGAAGGAACUUGAGAUCAAAGAGAUGAUGGCUAGACACAAACAGGAACUCACUGAAAAAGAUGCUACAAUUGCAUCUCUUGAAGAAACUAAUAGGACACUAACUAGUGAUGUUGCCAAUCUUGCAAAUGAGAAAGAAGAAUUAAAUAACAAAUUGAAAGAUGCCCAAGAACAGCUAUCACGGUUGAAAGAUGAGGAGAUAAGUGCAGCUGCUAUUAAAGCACAAUUUGAGAAGCAGCUAUUAACAGAGAGAACACUGAAAACUCAAGCUGUGAACAAGUUGGCCGAGAUCAUGAAUCGAAAAGAACCUGUCAAGCGUGGUAGUGACACUGAUGUGCGGAGAAAAGAGAAAGAGAAUAGAAAGCUACAUAUGGAGCUUAAAUCUGAACGUGAAAAGUUGACCCAGCAGAUGAUCAAGUAUCAGAAAGAACUGAAUGAAAUGCAAGCUCAAAUAGCUGAAGAGAGCCAGAUUCGAAUUGAACUGCAGAUGACACUGGACAGUAAAGAUAGUGACAUUGAGCAGCUGCGGUCACAGCUCCAGGCCUUGCAUAUUGGUCUGGAUAGUUCCAGUAUAGGCAGUGGGCCAGGGGAUGCUGAGGCAGAUGAUGGCUUCCCAGAAUCAAGACUGGAAGGAUGGCUUUCAUUACCUGUGCGAAACAACACUAAGAAAUUUGGAUGGGUUAAAAAGUAUGUGAUUGUGAGCAGUAAGAAGAUUCUUUUCUAUGACAGCGAACAAGAUAAAGAACAAUCUAAUCCUUACAUGGUUUUAGAUAUAGACAAAUUAUUUCAUGUCCGACCAGUUACACAAACAGAUGUAUAUAGAGCAGAUGCUAAAGAAAUUCCAAGGAUAUUUCAGAUUCUGUAUGCCAAUGAAGGAGAAAGUAAGAAGGAACAAGAAUUUCCAGUGGAGCCAGUGGGAGAAAAAUCAAAUUAUAUUUGCCAUAAGGGACAUGAAUUUAUUCCUACCCUCUAUCAUUUCCCAACCAACUGUGAGGCUUGUAUGAAGCCAUUGUGGCAUAUGUUUAAACCCCCUCCUGCAUUAGAGUGCCGUCGCUGCCAUAUUAAAUGUCAUAAAGAUCACAUGGACAAAAAGGAGGAGAUCAUAGCACCUUGCAAAGUUUAUUAUGAUAUUUCAACGGCAAAGAAUCUGUUGUUAUUAGCAAAUUCUACAGAAGAGCAGCAAAAGUGGGUUAGUCGGUUGGUGAAAAAGAUACCUAAAAAGCCUCCAGCUCCAGACCCUUUUGCACGGUCAUCUCCUAGAACUUCAAUGAAGAUACAGCAAAACCAGUCUAUUAGGCGGCCAAGUCGACAGCUUGCCCCAAACAAACCAAGCUAGCUGCCUUCUGUGAAUGCAGUCGUUACUCAAGGUGGUCAUAUUCUUCCAGUUAAAACAAGACUGAAAUAUGAUGGCCCAAAAUUUCUUAAAAAGCUAUAUUUUCCUGAGAGACUGAUACACAAACACACACAUACAUACAUGUAUUUCCCUGUAUCCCUGCAAUAUAGAUGAUAAAUCCUGGAGAGUUUCUGCUCUCCUUUGGAGCAGCAAGCUGAACCAACAAUGAUUGGUUAAUAGAGCAAGAAUAUCAUAUGCAACCCUUCCAGAGUUGUUCAUAAAGCUCUCUUGGCAUCACUCACACUACAUUGCACAAAAGGAUUGAGAAGAGUUAAAGUUUAAAGAAAUCAUCUUUUCAGCUUCAACAGAGAGAUUUCACCAGCACAUUUACCAGAAGAGUCUGGGGAUGGAUUCCACUACAGUGAUGGAGACUACACCUUUACGAAGUGACCAUUAUACUGUGUGUGUGUGUAUAUAUAUAUAUAAAUCUCUGUCUCUAUAUAUAUGCGCACACACACAUAUAUAUAGUACUGUAUUACUGCAAGAGGGUUCUUCAGAUGUCCCAUUUAUUUUUUUAUACACAGUAAUCAGAUAUCAUAACAUACCGCAGUUGCAACUAUGCACUUGUAUAAAGCCAUAACGUUUGAGUUUAUAUCACUUGUGUGUAUACCCCAUGGAAACUGCAUGAUCAUGGUUAAGCAGUUUGAAGUUAAUUAUAUCAGUUUCCUAAUGCUUCAUGAUAGGCAACUUUACCCAUUUUGAAUGCCUUAAUUUAAUUUUUUUUAAGUCUCACCUAUUUCUGUAUCUUGAACAAAAAGUGUUUACCAGCUCUUAGGAUGCAAAUUCGCUUUGCAAAAGAAAAAUAGUGCACUAUUUUUACAUGUGAUAGUUAUCAGUGUCCGCCUGUCCUGAUUGUAUAACGGAAUUUUUCUCAAGUACCAGUGAUAGAAACAAUAAUGGAUAGUAUUGGAACUAAUACAUCUUUUCUGUUUAUUACUCACCCCACUCUGCUUAUAGACCUCAGUAUUAGUCUGAAACAUUUGCUUUGCUUUGGAUUUGCUGGCUACCCUAGAUGUGUUUUUAUUUCUGGUAGAGACAUUUGUGACUAUUUUUACAUUUUCACACUCAAGAUUCUAAGAUUAUAUCAAAUAUAAAGAAAACUAAGACAUACUGUAGAUAUAUUUUAAAUAUUUAAAUGUGCUCCCUCAAACACACAACUGUGUAUGGCAAUAUUUCAGUAUUGGGUUAAGAAAACUGGUGACUGGGAAGAAGUAGCCUCAAAGGCUCUUAAAUUGAUUUUUAUUUUUUAAAUGAUGUUAAAGUUGUACAUUAUACAGGACCGCUUCUGCGAUAUUUCUCAUCCCAGAAAAAUGUGUUUUUACUGCUAUAGUAAGCAUCGACGGUAAGUAUCAAGUUAAAAAAAAAAAUCAUGUAGUCUUUUCUCAGCCUCUUUAUAUACAUACAGAGUGUGGUGUGACAUUGAAAUACAUCAUCUAAUAUUUCAAUGAAGGAAGUAGACAUUUUUCAUUGACCCCCUUCCUCCCCCUCCUCCCCCCACCUUGGGGUCAGUGUAGAAAUGUUUCAAUAGUUAGACCCCCCAAAUAUAGAUACUGUUGUGGAAAUUGAAAGGUGGCCUCCGGCCUGAUGUACUAAAACUGAAUCUUGUCAUUCUCACACUGUCUCACACUGCCUGCGCGUGCUCAUGCUGCCCGGGCGGAGUCCGGACACGCAUGCCACUUCCCUUCCAGGGGCGUUCUGCAGUUCUGGCUUGGGGACACAGCUUUUUUUUUUUUUUUUUUUUUUUAAAGUAAGAUUUAAAAAUGAGAAAUAUAUAAAAUUUAUAUAGAAUAAAUAUUUCCAUUCAUUAGACUUGUUAAAAGGAGACUGAAUUAAUAUUUUAUAUAAAGAUUUUGUUACACUAUGGGAGGUUCUAUCAUAUUAUUCUGAAUUGGAGAGUAUAUAUAUAUAUAUAUUUUUAAUAAACUUUAUUAAGGUGAAAUAAUUUGAAGUUUACACAUGAGUAAUUGAAAUAUUUGAGUAACAAUGGCGAAAGUUUAAAUUUUGAAUGCUGUACAUGUUAGAGAACAUGGAGAGUCACGGUGCGCUGCAACCGUCCCAGGAAGCUUCAUGCGAAGUUUUUCGGGGAAAAGAAAGUAUUCUAAGGGGUGGGAAAAAAAAUCUCUCCCAUGGAGAUUCUUCACAUUAUAUGGUUUAACAUAAGGGUUUUUAAGGUUGUUUCUCCAGCUAAUGGAAAUGCGCUUAAUCAAAAUCCUGACCUUGGGUAAGAAUUUGCUUUUUACCCUUUUGCUCAUUUCACAAACAUGCAUGAAUGCACACACCUAUCCAAAUGUUUAUUUCCCAGCACUCAUUAAAGAUAAUCUUGCCUCGGUUUAACAACCUGAUUUUGUGCCAGCUUCUCUUUUUCUUGAGGCUCCAAAGCUUCCCAGGUGAAUGAAAGACCAAAAGUUGCUUAUUUCUUCACACGUGAUUUCUCCUAGAGCCAUAAAUACCUCCUGUUAAGAACUAAGAAGUAGUGAAUACUGGGAUUUUCUUAGUUGGAUUUUUACUUUCGUUGAGUGGGGAUGGUGAGACAGAAGUGGAAGGGAAACUGGUGCCGGUAUUACUGUUAAAAAUUAAUGUACAGUGAGUUUUUGAGAAGUAUUAAAACAUGCUAUCUAUCCUGAAAUGUGUAAAUGCCUUUAGCUAACUAAAGGAUACCGAGAAAUCUAAAAUAAGGUGAUUAGCGUUUUUAAAAUUAACCUAUGCUGGAGUCACAAAUCUGGCUCUGAAGGAUAUCUUUUGUGUCAGUUUAUCUAUAGAUCCUCAAAAAGAAAUACUCUAGGUUGCCAAACCACAAUUUAAGAAGUUUUGCUGCUGUUGUUAAUCUAUUCCUGCAGGAUUCUGGUGGUAAAAUAGAGAAACUUAGACACUAUAUUACUUUAUUGAAACAUGCUUUAAAUAACAUGUUUAAUAUUCUAUGAGAGCGAGUCAGAACUUCUGAGUUUCUCGAUCUGUGUCGACACUGCUACUGAAUCCCGUCUCCUCCCCUGGAAGAAGGCUUCGGUUUCCCUCUGGCGUGAAGAUACCAUAGUUGAUUCACAGAGCACUUUGAAAAGAGGCGCUGUAUGACAGUGCUGAGGAUUCUGCUUGGGGGGCCUGUCCCUGAUUCCCUUCCCCGUAAUAAUGAGUUUUGUUUGCAAUUGUAUUAAGUUAUGAACUGCAUGGUUUAGAUAAUCAUAAAUAUUUGAUCAACUGUCCCCUUUGAACAAAAAUCGUACCCCUUGAUCUUUAAAAAAAUUUUUUGUUGCAUCUUUGUAGUAAUGUAAUUGUAUUUUAUGCCUGCUUUUUAUAUUAAAAAAUUAAAUAAAAGAGAUUAAGACCUAA